AUGCCGUCUUUCUCGCCUUCACGUCGACGAAGGCCAUCUGAUUCACGGCGAAGGAGGUCACGCUCCGUACGGCGUCACCGCGACAGCCGUUCUCCGCCUCCGCGGCGCUCAGCGUCGCGCCAAAGGUCGCCGCAAGCACGGGCAGCCUCUCCGUCGAGGUCUCGCAGUGCAGAGGAUCGAAAGACGCGUCCGGUCAUCACACCUGGGGGCGGCAUCGAGUCCGUGGAGGCCAAGGUGGUGGAUGCACGCACUCGACACAGCGGGGAACCCACCUUCCAAGCGGAGGUCUACCUGGGCCUUGACGCUGCGGCUGCAGGCCGUCAAAGAACGAUGUGCAUCCGCGGUCCUUGCCGAGUCGACAGAGGCCAAGCACAGGAGGAUGCAGACAAAAUGGAGGAAGCCGCCAAGGAUGGCAUUAAGGCAGUGCGGGAGAUGGCGGCAAAGAUGAAGAGGUGUUUGCUGUUUCACUCGGGUAGGACCGGAACAGUCGGCGGUUCCCGGGGCAACGAGCGCAUUUCAUGUGUUAAGCACCAGCAAGAGGCCCUGCUGGGUACCUAUGGCAUGAAGGUUUGGAGUGCGGGCAUGAAGCAGGCAGAGCAGUGGUGCAGAUGGCCCACGACGCAAAGUUAUCAUUUUGGUGGACUGUUGGUAGCUCCCGGAGCCUUCAUGGACGCGGAGAGUUACUUGGACGAGGCCUGGCAGUUGUGCAGAAAGGAGCUGGACGAUGUGGAGGAAGUGGUUGACUUGCGCGACUGUGAGUCCUCGGCACACUUCCGGGAAGGUCGUGGCUAUUCCAACACGACCUGUCAAACGCUCGACAUCCUCGGCCCUGAAUGCAGCGAGAGCUCUGUGAGUAGUCCUCAGAAUCUAGACGUCAUAGACGGCCUGGACCUGGAUAGUGUUCUUCGGGCCCUCGUUUCCGCAGAGGACUCAGAAAACUCCGAGGCUGGUGGCCUCUCCGCACUGCUUGCGAACACCGUCUACAUCGACGCGUACAGAGAUGAUGCGUGCAGCGAGAGCGACAGCACCGUCCCAUCUGAAGAGGACGCUGCUCUGCUUCCGCCAACAGCGGUAGCGCCCAGGGUUCAGAUAGAUUCUCUCCGGCAGCCACAGCAGCUGCAGCCUAGCCUUUCCAGCGUGGAUUGGCCAGAGCUCGUUCAGAGCCAUCGCAGUUCUGCCUGCAGUGGGUACAGUGCAGGGGCGUCGGGUGAAUCGCCGGCUAGCACCUCACGGGAUCGGCCCGACCACACUUCCCUGCAGGCUGGAAGUCUGGAGGCUUCCAUCCAGGAGCUGUUUGAUGCACAGUCGGUGGAAAGCGCAAGCGCGCCAAACAGUGCCCGAUCUGAGACUGUCAGCAUGGCUCGAGGGUUCGAUGCAGCAGAGGAGACAUUGUCUGUCGUGGACAUUGCCGAUGAGCUACCGGUAUCUCCCCGGAGUGACGAUGGGCAGUCGAUGCACAUUGUCUAUGGGGCGAGUGUGGCCGUCAGCCCACGCUCUUUCACGAGCCCCAGGAUCGAGAACAUGGGCUCGCUAUUGCAAAGGUGGGCGUUGGAGCACCAGUUGGACGAGAAUGUCGCCAGCAGCAUUCGGCGGGUCCUGGAGAUUCCAGAUCUCAUACCCGAUGUCGCCUGUCUAACUGAAGAGGAGGUCUACGCCCUUCCGAAGGUGCGUUUCACUGCCAAAGACACGCAGCAGUGCUCCAUAUGCUUAGAAGCCUUUGAGGAGGGCGAGCUUCUCACUGCACUGCCCUGCGGGCAUUUCUUUCAUGUGGAGUGCGUGGCAGGGUGGAUGCAACGAGCAACCAUCUGCCCUCUUUGUCGAGCAAGCUGCGCCGACUGA